AUGGCUUCCCAGGACCUCCAGUGGCUUCUCGUGCGCAACAACUCGAGCUUCAUCGUGAAGCAGAAGGGUCUCGGCCGCACCUUCUCGCGCGAGCCCCGCAACCUCGUCCAGCUGCACAGCUACAAGUACUCUGGUGUUGUCAACGCCAAGGCUGUCGGCAUUGAGGCCACCAAGUCCGGCAAGGGCAUCGUUCUGACCACCAAGAACUCCAAGAAGACCCCCUUCUCGAUCAAGUCGACCAACAACGCCUCGACCAUCAAGAAGGGCGGCUCGCGCCGUGCCGCCGGCGUCGUCUCCAACGUCGUCGCCAAGAAGGGCUACCGUGCCGACCUGACCAAGGCCCACACUCCCCUCGCUCGUUCGACCGCGACAGCCACGGUUGGCGACAGCGAUGAUGGUGCUGAUGCGAUGCUGUGGGAAGAGACCCGAUCAUGGUUCGGAGUGAUACUGACGAUUGUUUCAUCUAUUGUAGUUGCCGUUGUCCGCGCCUCGGCGCUCCUGCGCUCGCAGCGUGGCCGCAAGCAGCCCCCUGCCCGCAAGGUUCGUGGCUCGGGUGCCCGCAAGGUCGUCAAGAUCGAGGAGCCCGUUGCCUAA